GACUGUUCCACAGUUAUGGAGUCCCUGCCUGGAAACGAUGUGAGUGACAGCUGCUUCAGGAACUUGGCAGAGGAUCGCAGCGGAAUAAACCUUAAAGACCUUGUCCAAGAUCCUUCUUUGUUGGGUGGAACUGUAUCUGCUUACAAGAUAGUGCCAGAUGAAAUAGAAGAAAUAAAGGAAACACUUAUCGACUGGUGUGAUGAAAAGGAACUUAACUUGAUUUUAACAACUGGGGGAACUGGAUUUGCACCAAGGGAUGUCACACCAGAGGCUACUAAAGAAGUAAUAGAACGAGAGGCCCCAGGGAUGGCCUUGGCAAUGCUGAUGGGAUCACUUAAUGUUACACCUCUGGGCAUGCUCUCUAGACCUGUAUGUGGAAUCAGAGGGAAAACUCUUAUAAUUAACCUUCCAGGUAGCAAGAAAGGGUCACAGGAAUGCUUUCAGUUUAUACUGCCAGCCCUACCUCAUGCCAUUGACCUUUUGCGGGAUGCCAUUGUAAAAGUAAAAGAGGUACAUGAUGAACUUGAAGAUCUACCUUCACCACCACCACCUCUUUCUCCUCCUCCAACCAUCAGCCCACACAAGCAAACAGAAGACAAAGGUGUACAGUGUGAGGAAGAGGAGGAAGAGAAAAAAGAUAGUGGAGUUGCUUCAACAGAGGAUAGUUCCUCCUCGCAUAUAACUGCUGCAGCCAUUGCAGCUAAGAAGCAUCCAUCCUACACCAGUUCCGCUGCUAUCAUGGCAAAAGGUGAACAUCCCAUUCCCGGUCUCAUCUGUUAUUCCCAUCACACAGCAGGCAGUACAAGAGAACCGAUUCCAGAUUCCAUCAUUUCUCGCGGUGUUCAGGUGCUUCCACGAGACACAGCUUCACUUAGUACUACCCCUUCAGAAUCCCCUCGUGCCCAGGCCACCUCUCGCCUCUCUACUGCUUCCUGCCCAACACCAAAAGUCCAGUCCAGGUGCAGCAGUAAAGAGAACAUACUCAGAGCCAGUCAUAGCGCAGUAGACAUUACGAAGGUAGCCAGAAGACAUCGUAUGUCUCCAUUUCCAUUAACAUCUAUGGAUAAAGCCUUCAUCACAGUGCUGGAGAUGACCCCAGUGCUUGGAACAGAAAUAAUCAAUUAUCGAGAUGGAAUGGGCAGGGUCUUGGCUCAAGAUGUUUAUGCAAAAGACAACCUACCACCCUUUCCAGCUUCAGUGAAAGAUGGCUAUGCUGUCAGAGCAGGAAAAGAAGGCCCAGACAAAGUCCUAGAAGAAGGUUUUAGCCUUUUCCAGCCAACUCAGACUGUAAUGCCUGGUCAAGUAAUGCGAGUUACAACUGGUGCUCCAAUACCCUGUGGUGCUGAUGCUGUGGUUCAAGUAGAAGACACAGAACUCAUCAGGGAAUCAGAUGAUGGCACCGAAGAACUUGAGGUACGCAUCCUAGUGCAGGCAAGACCAGGCCAAGAUAUCAGACCUAUAGGACAUGACAUUAAAAGAGGUGAAUGUGUGCUGGCCAAGGGAACCCACAUGGGUCCAUCAGAGAUAGGUCUGCUCGCAACUGUUGGAGUAACGGAAGUUGAAGUUAACAAGUUUCCAGUGGUUGCAGUAAUGUCCACAGGGAAUGAACUAUUGAAUCCUGAAGAUGACCUGCUACCAGGAAAGAUAAGAGACAGUAAUCGUUCAACUCUUCUAGCAACAAUUCAAGAACAUGGGUAUCCAACAAUCAACUUGGGGAUUGUGGGAGAUAAUCCAGAUGAUUUACUUAAUGCCUUGAAUGAGGGGAUCAGUCGUGCUGAUGUCAUCAUCACAUCAGGGGGUGUGUCCAUGGGGGAAAAGGACUAUCUAAAACAGGUGCUGGAUAUUGAUCUCCAUGCUCAGAUUCACUUUGGCAGGGUUUUUAUGAAACCAGGGUUGCCAACAACUUUUGCAACUUUGGAUAUUGAUGGUGUAAGAAAAAUAAUCUUUGCACUGCCAGGGAAUCCUGUGUCAGCUGUUGUUACCUGCAAUCUUUUUGUUGUCCCAGCACUGAGGAAAAUGCAGGGAAUCCUGGAUCCUCGUCCCACUAUCAUAAAAGCCAGGUUAUCAUGUGAUGUAAAAUUGGACCCUCGUCCAGAAUAUCAUAGGUGCAUACUGACUUGGCAUCACCAAGAACCACUGCCUUGGGCACAAAGUACAGGGAAUCAGAUGAGCAGUCGUCUGAUGAGUAUGCGCAGUGCCAAUGGACUGUUGAUGCUACCUCCAAAGACAGAGCAGUAUGUGGAGCUUCAUAAGGGCGAGGUGGUUGACGUCAUGGUCAUUGGAAGACUAUGAUGUCACCGGCAAGAGAGAAGUUUUGAUGCAUGUCCACAUAUCAUUGACUGUAUCCUGUAAUAUGCAACGGCACAGCUAGUUUUUUCUGAUUUGGAUAAAAGUUGAUCAGUAUAGUCAACACCUUGAACUAUAUUUCAAAUGGAUUUAAAUAAGUACCUUUUAAAAAAAACCUUUAAAAACAAAUCUUACAGAAAUCUAUUCUGAUUAUAUCAAAGCAACUUUUUCCUUUCUUGCAAUUGCUUUGUGUGUACAAUGCUAGUUCCAAUAGCGGUAGCUUUUAGUAGACAGCGGUAGGUGCCUGCAGAACUUGUGUUUUUUCUCAUCUUUAAGAUACAACUACUUAUGCUCUUAAAACAAGGCUGUCUGCUUAUUUAUACUAGUGUAGACAACACUUGGAUUUCCCUUAUUAGUAUGCUUCAUAACCGCUUCACAGAGAGCUUCUGCUUGUUCUUUAUUGUAUCUCGUGUUGAUGUGCACAGUGCCAAAAGCAGAGUGGCUGCACUGGGAACCCGAUCAAGCCCCAAGGUUUCCCUCCCCCUUGCUGCGCGUUCAGGGAUAUCUGUCAUCCCAGCAGCCACCCCGCUCAGUACUAUUGGGCAGUAACUGGAUACCUUUUGUUUAAACAAACAACAAAAAUCGCUUCCUUAAGUGCUGACAGCCUUUUUAACCAAUACAUUUAAAAAUGUACAGAAUUAAAAUCUUUAAAAAAAAUCUAAGACUGAUCUUGUACAGAUAUUAGUGUUACCAGCAUUCAUGUGGAAAUUAAAUGAGAAAAGAAAUAAAACUAAUGUUAAACAACUCUGUACCAUAACAUUUUCUGUAAUGAUACUGAAACUUAAAUGAAUAAAAAAAAUC